GGUACCAAAAUACAGGAGAAUAACCUAUUAGAUUUAGUCAUUUUGUAAUUCUUUGAUGUGAAAUCCGUUUUGUAGUAUGCGUUGGCCCUUUUGGUUUGGGCAAGAAACCAUUUUCCAUUGAGAAAACUACCCUACCGAGGGUAGGGUACAUUUCUUAACUGCAGUGCCUUUCCUUUUUCUUGUUUUUUUAGACCUCAUUGCAUCCUGAAACGGAGGAACUCUGACAGCUGUGUUUCGCUGUCUGGUUUCAAACUCGUUUCCUUCUUUGGGCAAUGAAUGCAUUUGGCCAUCCACAUCGUCCCUGUCCAUUUUACAAAUGGUGACCUCCAGUCCCCUCACCACAGGCCCUCUGUUCUUUGUUUCUUGGAUUUCUUCGGCAGUACCGAGGCGUCAUUUACUUCUGGAGUCAAGGAUCGUGAACCAGUUAAAUGGCGGGCGAUUAUAACCGCGACGGUGACCGUAAGCGGAGAAGAGCCCAUUCUUGUGAACGAGGAAGGCGUGACAAUCGUGACAGCAACUAUGAUCGUCGAGGCGGCUCGCGGAGCAGCAGUAGAGAAGACCGAAGAGAUGACCCUCCACGAAGCGGACCACUUGUUUGUUUCGGGUGUCGUGUCACGGGGCACUAUCGAACGGAUUGUUGGAGAUAUUGGACCGAUCCAAUCGCUAGACGACAAAUGGAGGCCGAUGGCUUCAUUUGUCCGCUGGAGUAUAUACAGCGGAGUACGACCGGGUCACCUCCAAGGGAUGGCGUUCAACCACGCGUAGUGGCAGAGGAUCAUGUGCCAGGCAACCACCUUGACGAAUUAGGAAGAACGGUGGCGUCGAUUCAAGAGUUUAUUGAGUUGGAGCGAGCACGACGGACUGAACGGGAGCAACAAGCACGUGAAUGCAAGGAGGCUAGACGUGUUGAAGCAGAAGCCCGAGCGGCUGAAGCCGAACGAGCCGCACGUAAAGCCGAGAAGCAGCGUAAGCGAGAGGAGCAGAUGAAGAUGGCUAAGGCCGUGGAAGUGCAACUAUCCCUAAGAUUGGGAGAUAUUCGGGAGGAAAUCAAGACAGAGGUUCGUAGAGAUGUCGCCGGGACUCUAGUCAAGAGCCAAACAAAGACUUUCGUAAACGCUACUGGCAAAGGCAAGGAAGCCGCAGUGCAGGAUGUACCUUCUUCAUCCGGCGUGAACAACGAAGUCGAGGCAAUUACGGAGGGCACCGGGAGCUUGUCUAUUCAAGAGAAACGGAAGCGGGGUGACGUGGAGAUUCCGGUGGAGGAUAGCCCCCCCGUCAUCACUCUUGCGAAGCGCACCAACAAGCGGCUGGGCGUGCGACCGAUUCGCCUCUCUGACAGGCUGCAGCGCUCGAGAUCUCGGAUCCCGGUAAGGAAAACGAAUCGUCGUGUGGCCACUAAGGCCCUUACCGCAGUUAAACCUUCGGCUCCUGACGCCCUCAUGGACCGAAAGAUCUUCCUCGAUAAUACAAGACGCGACUUGUCAAAAAUUGACUAUGACACACUGCGCUCGAUUUGUAGGGAGGAAGGAGUAAACUACGCCACUAAGGUGCAUGCCAUCUUUGAUAUCGCCGACAUUCUGCCAAAUUUCGAGGCAUUUCAGAACCUUGCCGGCGAGGCUAAUCAGUCCAGCAACGAAGGCAGCGACGAAGGGGCAGCAGCAUGAAGUGGAUUUAGUACGGACCAACUGAUCCUGAUCUCUGACGUGAUUUCUUCCUCCAACAUGUGGCAGACGAUGAGUUAAACACGGAUUUUUUUGUUGUUGAUCUUGUCUUUAGCAUUACGUGGUCACUUUCGUUGGUUAAACAAAUGCAUUGACUCGUG